GAUGAAAUAUUUUACAUCUGCCAUUCUUUUAUUAAUCGCCGCUUUUAUUGGAGCGAGCGUCGAUGCAAUUGUAUCAGGAAAAUUUUUUGACCGAAUUGUUGUUGUCGUUUUUGAAAACACUGGAUAUACUACUGCACUAGCACAACCUUAUUUGCAAGAUCUAACUAAUCGCACUACUGGCCUCCUUCUUACCAGCUUUUAUGCGAUUACACACCCGUCGCAG